UUGUUUCAGAAAUUAAAAGCGAUCAACGAUGAAUGUUCAAAGCUACAAGGGCAAGGGUCGAAGGAAGCAUAUCAUUGUCUACGCAAAAUAGAUGAUAUUCUGUCAAAGGCGCUCGGUAUUGUGUCAGGCACGAAAGAGCCGAAUGGCUUCCAUGAACUUCAUUCGCGACAGAAUAUCGAAGAGCAAGAAACGACGAAGCAAGCGAUAACCUCAGAGAGUAGGUCUGAAAUGGAGCCCAAGGAGACGGAGGCUCGAACGUCUUCUCAUCAUGUUCCGGCGACCAGUGACUGUGAUACAAAUGACAGCGAUAUAGCCAUAAUCUGCGACGUGUGCGGAAUAAUGGAAUCUGUAGUUUGUGAAUUUGGUGUCCGAAAAGCAAUGAUUGAUUGGAUGCUAUGUGACGACUGUGGGGCAUGGGUCCACAUGAGCUGUGCGAAAACAAGGGAAUGCUUCAGUUGCAAGGAAGGAUAUUUAGAAUUGGAUCAUCCGGAAGUGAUCGCUAAGAAGCAUUCCGAGAAU